AUGCCGGCGAAAAACUGGGCCGUCGGCGACAAGCUGAUGUCGCACUGGAACGGCGAUCUCUGGUACGAGGCCAAGAUCGUCAGCAUCGAAGAAAUCGACGGCGUCAAGCACUACAAGAUUCAUUUCAAGGGGUGGGGCAACCGCUACGACGAGCUGGUCAGCGAAAAGGAGACGGCCACCAAGUGGAAGGAGUACAGCGAGGAGGCCGCCGGGGAAGCCCUCGAACAACAAAGGAUGGCCAAAAACGUCACGAAAAAAGAGAAAGACCCAUCCAAGAAAAGUGAGGGAUCGAACAGUCGAGCCUCCACCCCCUCACAAGCGGGCAGCGGGCGGCAUUCGGAGAAGGCGGGCAGAAGCACCGGCAUUUCCCGUCGAUCCGAGAGCCUCGCAGAUCAGCCGAUGCCCGACGUCGUACACGACCGGCAGAAUAUCACCUUCCUCAUACCGGACGGUCUUCGAAGAAUAAUGGUCGACGAUUUCGAUCGGAUCGAUCGUCAAAACAAAUUGCCCACCCUCCCUGCAAAGACGCCGGUCGGCCAGCUGAUGAGAGAUUUUGUAAAAACACUUGGCCGGACGCUGAACGAGGACGAGCAGAUCGUGAUCACCUACGCGGCCAACAACGGCGAUGCGCUGCUGAGCACGAAGCGCCAGAACCUGGCCGAGACGGCUGCCGGACUGCUCGCCUUCUUUGACGCGUCGAUGGGGGCCCAUUUGCUCACGAAAUUUGAGCGCAACCACUACAAUCAACUUCUCCAGGAGCACGCAACAAAAGCCGCCCCGCCCGCCAAACGACCAAAGAUGCGCGGCGGUGACGCGGCGACGACCAACGCCUUCAAGCCGUCCGAGUUCUACGGCUUCACCCAUCUCCUUCGGAUAUUCGUCACGUUCGGCACGCUGCUCCAGAAUGUGCAGUGGAAGGAUCGAGCAGUCGCCGUUAUUGUUAGGGAUACGCAAGACAUCAUCUACUGGCUCGACCAGAACAAGGACCGGUACUACAACGGCGAGGAAUAUGAGACGCCGCCCCCGGAUUAUGUUAAGAACGCCUUUUCC